AAGUAAGAUAUAUAUAUAUAUAACCAUAUAUAUAUAGUUAACGUUAAUGCUACGGUAUGUGGGGCUUGUACGGGAAGACAACACGGGAGUGAUCGAUAGUAAGACGGGUGUAACCGAUCCCUUGGAAAUCGACACCGACCACAAAGCCCUGGCUACUCGUUAGGAUAAGGAAGCGUUUGUGUCGUGGUGACCGUGCCUUUGAUCCGAUACAGGAUGUCUGGUCAGAGCAUUACAGACCGAAUGACCGCCGCUCAGCACAGUGUCACCGGGUCCGCGAUAUCAAAAACUGUGUGCAAGGCGACCACCCAUGAAGUAAUGGGGCCAAAGAAGAAACAUUUGGACUACUUGAUUCAGUGCACAAAUGAGAUGAAUGUGAACAUCCCUCAGCUGGCCGACACUCUGUUUGAGAGGACCGCCAACACCAGCUGGGUGGUUGUGUUCAAGUCCCUCACUUCCACACACCAUCUGAUGGUCUACGGCAAUGAGAGAUUCAUACAGUAUCUGGCCUCAAGAAACACACUUUUCAAUCUCAGCAAUUUCUUGGACAAAAGUGGCCUGCAAGGCUAUGAUAUGUCGACGUUCAUAAGGAGGUAUAGCCGCUACCUGAAUGAGAAAGCCGUGUCUUACAGACAGGUCGCUUUUGACUUCACUAAAGUAAAAAGAGGGUCUGAUGGAGUGAUGAGAACCGUGAACACAGAAAAACUUCUCAAAACUAUCCCCAUCAUUCAAAAUCAAAUGGAUGUCUUACUCGAUUUUAAUGUUAAUGCCAAUGAACUGACAAACGGUGUGAUCAACGCAGCCUUCAUGCUUUUGUUCAAAGAUGCAAUCCGUCUGUUCGCAGCGUACAAUGAGGGCAUAAUCAACCUACUGGAGAAAUACUUUGACAUGAAGAAAGUCCAGUGCAAAGAAGGGCUCGACAUCUAUAAGAAAUUCCUGACACGAAUGACUAGAAUCUCAGAGUUCCUCAAAGUUGCAGAGCAAGUCGGAAUUGAUCGAGGGGACAUCCCAGACCUGUCCCAGUUUACAGUUUGUGCCCCCAGUAGCCUGCUUGAUGCCCUGGAGCAGCAUUUGGCCUCUUUAGAGGGAAAGAAAGUGAAGGACUCAACAGCCGCCAGCAGGGCCAGCACCCUGUCCAAGGCUGUCUCCUCUCUGGCCAACACUGGCAGAUCUUUCACCAAAGUGGAUGAGCGAGAAAAGCAGGCAGCCCUGGAUGAAGAACAGAGUCGUCUGAGGGCACUAAAGGAGCAGCGUCUCUUGGAGCUUCAGAAGAAUCCUUCUGCAGCAACCACAAACUCUUCCCCUAUUUCCCCGAUGGGCGGGACCAUCAACUCGGCCCCAGCCAUUGACCUCUUCUCCACCCCCAGCUCCAUCAAUAGCACCUCUGUGAUAGCCAAUGAGCUACUGGAUCUGCAGCAAGCCUUCCAGCAGCCGCUGCCUCUGUCCACCACCACCACAUGGGGAGACUCCUUCUGUGGGCCAAGCCCUUACAACACUCCUCCACUCUUCCAAUCUGAUUCCUCUGCUGAAGCUUCUCUAUUCGGAGGGUUUACAGCUUCCCCAGCACCCCUGCCCCCACAAAACUCUCAGGCCCUUAACGUGGACUUUGACUCAGUAUUUGGCAACAACGUCAAUGCUAACAACCUGGAUGGUACAGAUGUUUUAGGUGGUCUCCUCAAACCCACAGCGAUAUCUUCACCCAGUCAGGGUAUGAGCACGACCCUGAACGGCCAAGAUGCCCACAAACUGGUGUCCAACGACCUGGACUCAUCACUUGCUAAUCUGGUCGGCAAUCUGGGAAUUGGCAACGGCACAGCAAAGAAUGAUCUUUACUGGAGUCAGCCUGGUGAGAAGAAGCUGACAGGUGGAAACAACUGGCAACCCAAGACUGCUCCUUCUACCACCUGGAACCCUGCCGCCAUGGCACCAUCUGUUAUGGCUUUCCCUGCAACCACACCGACAGGCAUGAUGGCAUAUGCAAUGCCUCCCCACGUAGGCUCCAUGAUGAUGACACAACCUACAAUGAUGUACACCCAGCCAGGGAUGAUGCCAGCCAACCCCUUUGUACCCAGUCCAGGUGCACAGCAGAUGCACUUUAUGUAACCUGAAAGGGGAGGAGGUCUUCCCCAUAUAAAGAUUAUUCACAAUGAAGAUGACUCUCCAAGCAAACCCGCUUUUUGCUUCAACUGAACUUGCCUUUUUCCCAGAAAUAAAAGGACCCAAUUCGACUUGUUGAAUAAAACCACAGUGACGAGGAGCGACCCGGACCAUCUCCAACAGGCAUCGAAGGGGACAUUGUGCCCAUCAUGGUGAAGUCCUUGGAGAAGAAGAGUGGGCUGCCACUCAGACCAUUGUGCACAGAUCCAGCCUGGCCUAAGGGACACCACACUCACAGGGAGAGCUCUUUGACAUCACGCUUUAUUUACCUGUAGAACAAAACAAAGUUGGGUUGCUGUCACACACACAUUGUUUGAAUUGUCUUUUGAUCAUCAUCAAAAGCAUCAUAAUUGCUUCUUCAAGCAUCCCCAAAUUAGGAAAGCAAUUAUAAACUUGUCUUUAUAUCCCACUUUUGUAUGUAUUGUUUGCAGUCAACAUUCCUUGUGUAUUUAUUUAUGAUUAUCUAUAGAUAAAAUGACCGAAUAUAGUACAUUUCAACCGUCACUGAUCUCCAUAGGGACGGUAUUCAGGUUUAUACAUGGGUAUGAUUGAUUUUUGAAUUGGAUUUUGAGUGAUUGAGAUUUUUUUCUUUAAAAAUAAGUUCAUAUAAAGAAGAUUAAAUGUUUUGCUGUUGUGGCACUAAAUAUUUUCUGUAUUCGCAUGAUGCCUUAUACGGUUAUCUGUGGCUCCAGCGGUCACUGAGGAUCUGAAUUCAGUAACGUCAAAUUGGUGAGGACGAUUUCUAAGUUAAGCAAGGGAACCCUUUUCAAACAGGACUAGAAAGCCAUCUACUUCUGACAUUUUUGGCAUGCCAUUUAUUCUCCCAUACCAGAAUGGGCAUGACUCCUUUCAUGCUUGGAUCAUGUUCCCAUAGGCCAGCACUGCGGCAUUCAAGACAAUGUGGGGGCAUGGUGAGUCACUGGGUUAAGAGUGGUAACGGUGGGGAGUUCGACUUGUUAGAAUAUAGUACUGUUGAUCGGUGCUUUGUGUAUAUAAAACCUUUCCUGCCAAUCACAGGAACUGGCAAGUGCAGGUACGAAAAAUGGUCUGAAUAUUAAACUGGCCCUGAAUCCAUUCACUGAGCAGAUUCUGCUGCAUUGUGCCUGCAGAUUAUAUUUUUGUUUGUUGGAUUCUUUUCCAAUAAAGUGCAAGUCUUUGA